GAGAGAUUCUUUGUCGUUCCCUUCCCAAAAUGCCCCCGUUCCCAAAACACCCUUCCCCCUCUCCCUUCGUCCACCUCCUCCGCCGCUCCUUCGCCCUCGCCCCUCCUCCUCCUCCUCCUCUCCCUUUCCCAUCGCACCCACCUCGCCCUUCUCCGAGAUCCCCAUGGCCACCCCACGGUGGGCUCACCCCUCGGUGCUGCUACGCCUCUUCCUCCGCCGCCGCCUCCGCGGCGGCUUCCCGUGAUCGGAGCUCGAAGAAAACCCUAGCUUACCUCCUCGCCGUGGCGGCGGCCAUGGUCGGCGCCUCCUACGCCGCCGUCCCCCUCUACCGCCGCUUUUGCCAGGCCACCGGCUACGGCGGCACCGUUCGCCGCCGCGAGAGUGUGGAGGAGAAGAUCGCGCGCCACGCCCGAGAUGGGACGACGACGUCGAGGGAGCUUGUUGUUCAGUUCAAUGCUGAUGUUGCUGAUGGAAUGCCAUGGAAGUUUGUUCCUACACAAAGAGAGGUCCGGGUUAAACCAGGUGAAAGUGCUCUUGCAUUUUAUACUGCCGAAAAUCUCAGCUCGACUCCGAUUACUGGUGUUUCCACAUACAAUGUUACACCAAUGAAGGCCGCUAUUUACUUUAACAAAAUACAGUGCUUCUGCUUUGAGGAGCAGAAACUUCUCCCCGGGGAGCAAAUUGAUAUGCCGGUUUUCUUCUAUAUUGAUCCAGAAUUCGAGACAGAUCCUAAGAUGGACGGCAUCAACAAUCUCAUCCUCUCUUACACGUUUUUCAAAGUUAACGAGGAUUAAGUCACUGCCAUCCGUCUUUUCACCCACCAACCAGCACCUUGAACUUCACUCAAGGGUCCGUUCAACGGCGAAUCACUUGCUAGAAUUUCUGACCGCAUUUAUUUUUGGACAUAUCUUAGAAAUAAUUAUUUCUUGAGGUCAUUCGAGAUUUCUUAAUCAAACAAGGAUCAAAGUGCAUUCUGCGGUGUAAAUUGUGAUAAGAGAUGCCGACAGCCAUUAGAUUGUUUCCUGAUAGUGGGUAACACAAAAGCUAAGAUUAUUACGCUUCAUGUAGCCGUUGUAAGAGUGUUGGAUGGGAGAGGGGUAAUUAUACUUUUUGUAUGAAAUGAAUUUUGUUAUAGGCAUGUUUUAAUAUAUCUUGGCAGUUUCUCACUGGAGAGAGAGAAUAAAAUGUAUUGACUAUUUUUUAUUUCUCGGAAAUGAGACAUUCAUCAAGAAGUCCCAAUUUACUACA